CGAAAAACAAAUGCUGACGUUUGGAUUGAUCAAAGGAUUUCACGCAGCGAAUUAUAGCUUUGUGUUAACAAUCAGCUAUGAUUCCCUAGCAAUAGGAAUUGUGCAAUUUCCAGCUUGUAGCCUCGGGUGAUUUAAAGCUGCAGUUCUUGAUCAGCGUCUUCACGCUCGGAAAGCGAACAAGUCAGUGAGCCGGUCAAAAAGUUGACAGCAUUAGAUUCAGUUCGCCAGACAUGAUACGCAAGAGAUUGCCUAAAUCAGUGACCGUCUCACUUGUUACCAUUUGCAUCAUAAGCGCUAUUGUCGUUAAGUAUUACAGCUGGGAAACUGUGAAGGAGGAAGCAUUUGCAAUCGGUACUGAGCAAGGCAUUCUUCGCGGAAAAAACCUGAUUGAAAACAAACAAGGGGAGAGUCACAGGGAAGAGAAGCAUCAGGAAACUAAACGUUGCAAGCCAAAAAAAAAUGUGGUUUUCCUCAAAACUCAUAAAACAGGGAGUAGCACUAUCACGAACGUUUUCAAUCGUUUUGGCGAAAGAAACAAGCUUGUAUUUGUUGUUCCAAUAGAGAAACAAAAUCGUUUAGGUUGGCCAUGGUUCUUUCAAGAAGAUCACAUGAUUCACUACAGCAUCAAGCCCAACAUACUUUGCAGCCAUUCGCGUUAUAACCGAGCAGUCUUGGACCGAGUCAUGCCGAAAGACACUGUAUAUGUGACUAUUCUUCGGGAUCCAGUGGCUCAGUUUGAGUCAACUUUCUCUUACAUGACAUUUGGGGAAAUACUGGGCAUUUCGAACGAAACAGACCCUUUAGAAGCCUUUUUUGAAAACCCGAAGGAUGUUUUAGUUAAUUAUAUACUCACCCAAGACUUACGAAUCAACAGCGAUCGAUUGAAACUUAUUCGAAAUGGAAUGUUCUUCGAUUUGGGUCUGGAAUCAAAAGAUUUUGACAACAUGGAAGAGAUUCGGCAAAAUAUCCAGCGACUGGAUCGAGAAUUUCACCUGGUGAUGUUAAUGGAGUAUUUUGAUGAAUCACUGAUCAUGUUGAAAAAUCUUCUUUGCUGGGAUAUAGAGGACGUCGUUUAUUUCCAUCACAAUCAAAGAAAAAAGACUCAAAAAAGGAAUCUAACAAGUGAGCUGGUGACCCAGAUUGAACAAUGGAGCGGUGCGGAUAAAGCACUAUAUGAUUAUUUCAAAGUUUCGUUUUUACGAAAGCUCAGCAACCAAACUCCGGAUUUCUUUCGUGAUAUUUCUGUAUUAAGAAAAAAGAAUGCUGCUUUGCGAGACCAGUGUUUAGAUUCUACAACAGAAUAUGACGGAGAUUACCAAGACGUUGAGAUUCAAGAAUUUAAAAUCAAGAAAAAUCUGACGAAAGCAAUGAAGACUUCAUGUGAUAAGAUGACUUGGAAUGAAGUCAAAUAUCUUGGUUAUUUCAGGUAUAAACAGAAAAAGUUAUUAACGACUAAAAUUUCAUCGAGAACGCUAUGGGAUGAAAUUGCCACUUUUGUGCCAUUUAUAUAA